AUAUAAUAUGCCACGGAAUCGUCCAAUCAGGUUUAUGUUCGACUUGCGUUGUUUUUUGAAUGUUGUUGAAGGGUGGCAGGAAACCUCUGAAGUAAUCAAGUCAUGGCAGGGGCAACGAGAGGACGGCAGCCCUGCAAGGGAAUCAUCCUUCCUCCUCAAGUCAAAUUACGAGCUCCGACUGUGAACGAAGGACCUCCAAACUUCCCGGACGUGUGCGACUCUCUGCAGGCAGAGAUCCAGCAGCAGAGGCAUUCUGUCCAGGCGAGGUUGCCAGGUGAAGGUGGGACUGGGGAGGGCAGCUCCCCGCCCAGAAUAAACCAGGUGGACCUGCGACCACGCGGCAGGAAGAGGCUAGCUGAGGGCGCAGGCUGUUCUUUUGGGUUGAAGCUCCAGCUGCCCAGCAUGGCUCCACGGGCCCAGAGCCUCCCACUGCAGGGGCCCGGGGCCCCUGCACCAGAGGACCUCCCCACCAGCAGCAGCCCAGGCGGAAACGUGACGUACAGACACCUUCAGCAGAAGCUGGAUGCCGUCCAGCUGGCGUCCUGUGACGGGGCCUCGGUGAGCAUGGAGGAGAAUACCCUGAAGGAGCGCAGCAUGUACUGCAAGGAGCUGCUGACCCGGGGCGAAAAGGAGUUCUGUUUUGAGGAGCUCCGCGCCGAGCGAUACACUAUGGCCCGGCGGCAGGAGGUCCAUGCGAAGAUCAGAAAAAUGGAUGACCUGGAAGUGAAACUCAAAGAGGAGCUGCAGGAGAAGCAGAGAAUGCUCCAGUUACGAAUGUCCCUGCCUGAGACACCGGAACAGGUGGAUGAGGCCGAGAACCUUCCAGUGGCCGAGCCAUUCCACAUCUUCACGGACCCCUCGUCUGGCUCCUCCUCUUCUUCCUCCGCAAUGCCUUUCAGGGACGGCAGACCCAGACCCAGCCCCAACCCACUGAAGGACGACGUUUUCUUGCGUCCGGGAGAGCAGUUGCCCGCUCUAAAGAUGGCCCUGCGGUCUUCGGGCUCUGGAGCGAGGCUUCUGUCCCUGACGGAGACGGUGGUGGGCACGGUCCAGAACAAGACGCUGUGCUCCAGCCCCGACAACACGCAGGACUUUGCCGGCUCGGCGCACCUGGUGUCCACGCCCUACGUCAGGAGAGCGCCGCCCUCUGAAGCUGACCACCAGGGGCUGCUGCGCCGGAGGCAGGCUGCUGCGCCCCUUCCCCCCCAGCCCGAGGAGUCCCCCACCAUAAAGCUGAGUCCUAUCAAGGAGGCCAGCCUGGAGGCCCACACGACGCUGUCCACCGCAGGGGGAGCCUCAACCCUGGGGGUCUCGUCCACCGACGACCCCCUUACCCCGCAGACUGGUGAGGGGCCCCUGCCCGGGGACCCCUGCAGCGGGGAGACGAGGCGGCGUCUCCUGGACCAGGCGGAGGUCAGCUCCUUCCCGGGCUACCACACGGUGGAGGCCCCCCUGCCCCCCGUGGACAAGGACACCCACCUCUCCCUCGGCGGCGCGGAGGUCUCCCUCUACACCAAGGUCCAGGAGGAGGAGGGGUUCUCCCUGUUCGGGGGCUUCAGCCAAGGGAGCCACGUGCUGCUGAAGGUGGAGAGGAGCCUGUUGCCGUGGGACUUCUACGUGCUGUCCCAGCUGCGCAGGAGGCUGUCCCCGGAGGAUUCGGCCGCCCUGCCGAGCGCACGCUGCUUCCUGUUCCAGGACGCAUGCGUCACCCUCUAUACAGUCCCCAAUUACCAGAAGCUGUCCGCGCGGCUGAGGCUGUUGCCACCGGGCUGGGUGUCCACUGAGGUGACUGGUUUGCUCCUGAUGAUGCGAACCUUCCACUCCUCCUCUCUCCUCCUGGGAGCGCUGCACACGGACUCUCUGCUCAUCACCCACGGCGACUCCCUGGUGUCCGUGGACCUGCUCUCCUCCCUGGACCUGGAGCUCCAGACGGACCUGACCUCUGCCGCCCAGGUCCCCGCCGCCCUCGACUACAUCCAGCUGGGGCUCCUGAAGCCCACCGACUCCCCGUACCAGGUGGACCUGGUGUGUCUGGCCGAGGCGGUUCACCUCCUGCUGACCAAGAGGAAGAUGACGGUGGUGAAGGAGAAGGACGGCUGGAUGGUGGAGAAGCUGGGACGCGACGCCAGCAGGUUGGGCAGGAUGUCGGCGUGGAGGAAGGCGUUCCAUCUGCUGCUGAACUCGUCCGGACACUCCUCCGUCUCAGUGCUGUCCCAGCUGCUUGACCUGGUCGCCACCGCUCCUUAUUAUAGUUACCGUGACGAUCCGGGGGUUACUAUGGCGAUCUGAUGCUGAUCUGAUUUUUGUUGUUCUUGUUUGUCAAACUUGGUUCAUAUUUUUGUUGUCGGUUUCUCAUGUUUAAAUGUGUAUAUGACCCCCCCCCCACCCCCCCCCCGCAUUGAAACGUUUACUUACUAUAGGGUUUGUCUGCCAUGAAUCUGUUUCCAGCUUCGAAACACAUAUGAUAAACAACAUUUAUUAAGAAGAUGCAUGUAUAUUGUAAAUAUGUAUUAAAAUAUGUAGUUGCUAAAGUAAAUGGCCCCUUUAUUGACAGAAGAGACAAUGUGGUAAUGGUCUGGACAUUAAAAAGUUUAUCAAACAAUUCCUAUAACUGUUCCGUAGUAGGGUGUAGGUGGUUCUAUAUCCAGAAGGGUUCAGUGUGUACAGUGUCCAGUAGUGUGUAGUGCAGUCAUACUCAAGUAGCGGCCCGCGGGCCUUUUGUGGCCCGCGGGGUGUCU